ACAACUCGAACCUUGUCUAGAUCAAAAUGAGGGGAGCUGAUCUUGGCCUGUCUUACUGGGCUUAGUGUAAGUGCCGCUUUGGUGCCUGUGCCGAGGCAGCGGUUGCUCUGCAGCACAGCGUUUGUCCCUGUUGAUUUCUGGGGUACGAGCCCCAGCUGGAGGUGGAGCAGCUGGUGAUGAGGUGGGGCUGCGGGGUCCAACAGGGCCGCUGUGACGCCUGUUUGGGGACAGUCACGUCUCGCUGUGCCCGUGUCUCCGUUGCUGACUGUUGUCUCAUAACGCAGUGGUGAGAGGCCGGGUCGUCCCUCACCGCGGUGCACGGUGAGAGGCGGCCGUGGCGGAUGAGGCGUUCUCCUGCCCCCUCUGCCCGUAAAACGGGGCUAAUCCCGUGUAAAGCAGUGGGGAGGCGGAGGAAGCAGGGUGGGAUGCUGUAAGCCUGGCCAGGAGCUCAGCACGGAGUGGAUGCUGGCCUUUGAGCUGCUGUCUGCAACAGAAUGCGCGUCCGUUUUCCGUAUCUUGUUCUGCUGGAAACCCCGUGCGUCUCCCCGCGGAGAGGCGCAGCCCGUUCGCCUGGAGCCCAGAACCUGCCUUUUGGAUUAAAGCGGGAAAGUGCCACCACAUCGCCUCUUUGAGGCAGGAACUCCCAUUCACGUACGGUGCUCAGCACGAUACGCCUGAGUUCUGUGUCAGUGCGGCGCGGGUGAUCAGAAAACUGUGUCCGCAGGGAGAGCCCGCGGGUUCCGGCGGCGUUGGGGCUCUCGGUGGGAGUCUCGGUGCUUGCCCACCCGACCUGUGGCGCCCCGGGCUUUGCCCCGUGUCCAGCCCCGUUGUCUGGGCUCAGUAAACCCCUCGUUGGCUCUGGCUGCUGGGUCCCGUGGUCACGGCAGGCCCCUGCGGCAGCGGGUGCCAGCGGGAGCCCCUGACCCGUCUCGCGGAGACGAUGGCAGAGAGGCGAUGGCCCCGUGUCCCGUGGCCUGGGACGUUUGCUCCGGUCCAGUUGUGUCACUGGCCAGCAGGUCUGAGAGCCCUGUGCUCUCUCUGCUUAUCGUGAGUGUUAGACCUCAGAGGCAGGUGGGAGCUGGUUGUGCAGCACUGGAAUGAGCGGGGGGCCGUGGAGGGGAGCGGGGUCCCCGCUCGGGCGGCCCGUCUGCCUGGGGCUGGGGUGCCGAGCUGAGCGCGGCAGCGAGCUCCCCCGCGGUAGCUGAUCAAGACGAGGUGGGAGCGGGUGGAGCGCAUCGCGUCCGUGCCGGGCCGGGUCUGCCUGCUGGGCGCCGCCUCACGUGGCGGGAGCUGUUUGUCCGGCCCGUGCCGUGGGAACGCGCUGCGAUGGCGGGGACGUGACGCACGGUGCGGAACCCGCAGCCGAGAGUGAACUUUCUCCUCCGCGGGCGCUGCGGAACGCGGCGUGUCCAGGGAAGCUCGUGGUGACGGGUGGCGGUGGCGUGUUCCUCCUGCCGGGGCGGGAGCGCCGAGCAGCCGCAGUGGUUAUUGACAGCGACUGAAAUAAGGAAGAGAAUGUUGUGAGCUGGUUACACGUGUUUUUCCUCGCCCGGCAGAGGUGGGGAGGGCCCGGUGCAGCGUGUUUUCCUGUCCUGUCUGAUGCUGCAGGAAGAUUAAGCCACAAAGCACCAACUCUCCAGGCUACGUCUGGGUGAGCUGUCGUGUACCAGAUUUCAAGUUUUAAUGAUUUUAUGUAGUUGUUUUUUUUAAAAGACUAAUGGAUUAAUGAAGCAGAAUUUUACUGGUGGAAAAAGCGAAGCAGUUUGGAACAAGCAGGUCGUCCCCGCACCGCUCGGGCCAUGGGGGAGCCAGCCCUGUCCAGCGCUGUUGCCACCGUCAGUCGUGUCCCGGGGCUGUGAGGAGCGCUCCCCCAGAUCUCCGCGCCAGCCUGCCCUGCGCUGCUUGGACAUGGUCGCGGCAGAAAGGAUUUGAUGAAAUUCCUGCCGAUUCCCACCCACCGAGUGGAUACGGAGCCUGCGGAAAGGCCGGGGGGGUCAGGAGAAAGGAACGAGUAGGAAGAGGAGCAAACGCACAAUCGGCUGGACCUUCCCCUCCCGCCCCCCUGGCAAGAAAGGGAUUUACAGCUCAACCUUGCACCAGCUGUUCCUCGGCUUUAACAGUCAAGAGAGAAUAAAUAAAAUUAAACGGCCACCGCCAGCCAGCCCCGGAUCCCGGGGAGAUCAGGGAGAGUGUUUCUGUGCCCCCCCGGUGAGGGGGAGGCGCGCGGUGAGGAACCGGAUCGCUUGCCAGACCCCCCUCCGUGCGGCAGCCGAGGGGCUGCGGGCCUCGGAGCAGAUUAGAAAGGAGAAGUGACCGAUACCGUGCUGUUUCCCGGGGUGCUGGCUGGGCAGGACCGUGGCCCAUCCCACACAUUGCUGGUCCCGUCCUGGUGAGCGCAGCGGCCACCUCGGCCCCUGGGCCCGGCGUUAGCGGGCUGGUGCCCGGCUGAGGGCAGCUGCGGGCGCUCUGGGCAUUCCUGCCCCAACGGUUUUAAAUCCAAAUCCAGUUUUCUGCUCUGAGUUUUUAAUAUUUUUAACCUCCCAUCCCCGCGCCCGUGAGCUCCGGCGGGGCAGCGUGUAGCCGGGCUCCUCUGCGGGACUCGGCUGCGUCCCACUGCCCUCCCCUUCUCGCCCGGCUCUGGCUCCGCGGGCCUGGGCUAUGCUGCGGGGCGGACCCCCCGCCACAGCUCCAACAUGCCAGCAGCGUCGGGAAAGAGAUUCAAACCCAGCAAGUACGUCCCGGUCUCGGCUGCCGCCAUCUUCCUAGUGGGAGCCACCACCCUCUUCUUUGCCUUCACGUGCCCCGGGCUCAGCCUGUACGUCUCCCCGGUCAUUCCCGCCUACAAUGCCGUCGUCUUCCUCUUCGUGCUGGCCAACUUCAGCAUGGCCACCUUCAUGGACCCCGGCAUAUUCCCGCGAGCCGAGGAGGACGAGGACAAGGAGGACGACUUCCGAGCCCCGCUCUACAAGACGGUGGAGAUCAAGGGCAUCCAGGUGCGCAUGAAGUGGUGCGCGACCUGCCGCUUCUACCGGCCGCCGCGCUGCUCCCACUGCAGCGUCUGCGACAACUGCGUGGAGGAGUUCGAUCAUCACUGCCCCUGGGUCAACAACUGCAUCGGGCGGCGCAACUACCGCUACUUCUUCCUCUUCUUGCUGUCGCUCACCACGCACAUCAUGGGUGUCUUCGGCUUCGGGCUGCUCUACGUGCUGUACCAGGUGGAGGAGCUCUCCGGCGUCCGCAUGGCCGUCACUAUGGUGGUGAUGUGCGUGGCCGGGUUGUUCUUCAUUCCCGUCGCUGGCCUUACGGGGUUCCACGUGGUGCUGGUGGCGAGGGGCCGCACCACCAACGAGCAGGUGACAGGCAAGUUCCGCGGUGGCGUCAACCCCUUCACCAACGGUUGCUGUAAGAACGUCAGCCGGGUGCUCUGCAGCUCCCCGGCCCCCAGGUACCUCGGGCGCCCCAAGGCUGAGCAGACGGUGCUGGUGAGACCCCCCUUCCUGCGGCCAGACGUGUCGGACAGUCAGGUCACUGUCAAGGUCAUGGACAACGGUAUCCAGACCGAGCUGAAGAGGACGAAGUCCAAGGGGAGCCUGGAGGUGACGGAGAGCCAGUCUGCCGACGCCGAGCCGCCACCCCCUCCUAAGCCAGACCUCAGCCGCUACACCGGCCUGAGGACACACUUAUCCCUGGCCACCACCGAGGACAGCAGCUUGCUAGGGAAGGACAGCCCCCCCACGCCCACCAUGUACAGGUACCGGCCCGGCUACAGCAGCAGCAGCAGCUCGGCGGCCCUGCCCCACUCCACCAGCGCCAAGCUGAGCCGAGUGAACAGCCUGAAGGAGCCCAACUCCAUGUGCGAGGGCGGCCACAAGCCCAGCUACCGCUCGGAGCCCAGCCUGGAGCCCGAGAGCUUCCGCUCGCCCACCUUCGGCAAGAGCUUCCCCUUCGACCCGCUCUCCAGCGGCUCCCGCUCCUCCAGCCUCAAGUCGGCGCAGGGCACGGGCUUUGAGCUGGGGCAGCUGCAGUCCAUCCGCUCCGAGGGCACCACCUCCACCUCCUACAAGAGCCUGGUGAACCAGACGCGCAACGGCAGCCUGUCCUACGACAGCCUGCUCACGCCCUCCGACAGCCCCGACUUCGAGUCGGUGCAGGCGGCGCCGGAGCCCGAGGCGCCCGUGGGCUACACCUCGCCCUUCCUCUCGGCGCGCAUCGCCCAGCAGCGAGAGACCGACCUGCACGGCCGCUUUGCCAGCCCCCCCAAGCCCGUGCCGCGCGAGCCCUCGCCCGUGCGCUAUGACAACCUCUCCCGCCACAUCGUGGCCUCCAUCCAGGAGCGGGAGAAGCUGCUGCAGCAGCCGCCGGCCGCGGGCAGGGACGAGGACGCGGCGCAGCCGGACUCGGGCAUCCAGUCGACGCCGGGCUCCAGCAACGCGCCGCGCACCAGCUCCUCCUCGGACGAUUCCAAGCGCUCGCCGCUGGGCAAGAACCCGCUGACGCGCCCGGCCCCGCCGCGCUUCGGCAAGCCCGAGCCUCCCGCGGCGCUGCGGGCGCGGUCCCUGGGCUCCCCCGACCCGCCUGCUGCCCCCCACCUCGGAAAGUCCCUGUCCUACGGCAGCCAGAAACCCGCGGCCCAGCCCGGCGGCCCCGAGCCGGAGGAGGUGGCCUUGCAGCCCUUGCUGCCACCAAAGGACGAGCUGCAGCUGCGAGCCGCCUACAGCAAGUCCAACGGGCAGCCCAAGAGCCUGGGGGCCGCCCCGGGCACAGGGCAGGCGCCCCUGGGCAGCCCCACCCGUGGGGGAGUCAAGAAGGUCUCUGGGGUGGGGGGCACCACCUACGAGAUCUCGGUAUGAGGCAGAGCCCCCGCGCCCCCAGGGACGUUCUGCGCCGGACUGUGGCUCCAGCAGCCGGACGGGGGACGUGGCCGUUCCCGCCCCAGAACUGGGGGUGACGCCCGCGUGGGGCCGCUCGUCCCCCAGCAACGACUCCGGGCGCCCCGCGCCGUGGGCCUCGUGCAAUCGCUCGCUCGCCUGGCGGGGCAGGGAUGGAUUGUUUUUAAACCAGAAUACUUUUUUUUAUUAUUAUUGUUACGGAUUCUAUUUUUUUUCUCUUUCUGAGUUACCAGGUGUGUGUAUAUAUAAAUAUCUAUAUAUAUAUAAAUAUAAAUAUUAAAAAACCCACAGAAAUUAUAUAUCUUACCCAGAGAGGAAGAAACUGCCCGUCCCCGGCCCAGGGCCUGGUCCCGCUUGUCCCUGUCCCUGCGGGGGUACGGGCCCGCGCUGGUGGCGCUGCUGUCCCCAGGGGGCUGCCCCCGCCCCCCCGAGGUGCUUUUGGCCGAGGAGGCUCCUCCCGGCUCUUCACUCUGAGGCUGCAGCCCCCGGGGCCGCCCCUCCCCCCCGGGCCGCCCCGCUCACCCGCGGUUUUGGGCUUUUGCCGUUUCCCGGGACUCGCGUUGGUGGGUUUCCUGGUUCUGUUCGUGUUGUGUUGUUUGAGCGGGGCUGACCGGGUUUCUCGCUGUUCCCGUGGGGAAGGGGAGGCCGGGGGGGCGCGGCCCCGUAGAGCAAUAUUUUUCUCAUCACAUGCCAAAAACGCAGCCAAGGAGCCCAGCGCUCCCGUUCCCCCGUCCCCGCGAGCGCCCGGCGCCGCGCAACCCUCGUGGCGAUCUCUCGCCCGUGGCCUCCGCAGCGCCACGCCGUUGGUUUUUUAUUCUUAUUAGCCAUUUUAAACACGAGGAAUAAAAGGAUAUUUAAUGAGC